CUCUGGCGACACUCUCCACAGCCAAACCGCAGAGAUCACCCACAUUGGCUGAUUCCACCAAUCCGAGCCCGUUCUUGUCUAACGGUAACGUGUGGGCGUGUGUAAAGAGCGCGAGAGAGAGAGAGAGAGAGAGAGGUAGUGGCGCCUCCUGUGUGGAAGUGAGCGCGCGCGAGGCGGGGACGCGCUAGGUGGCAGGUGACUGGCGACACCUGACAUGGGACUCUCUCUGCUGAGGCGGCACCGACCCGGGGACAGGUGAUGGGUCUGUAAUGACCAUACCAUUAUGCUGCGCAGGGGUAACCUCUGACGGGAUGGCCGGGGAUGUCUCCAGAUUUCUAUUCAAAAGGAAUAUGCCCCAAAGGACACCGAUCCUGAACACAUGAAUACUGGCACCAGACUGGCACCAUGUUCCUGUCGCGCAUCGACAGACAUAACUUUCUGCUGCUGCUCUGCUUCUCUCAGCUGCUCUUCCUUUUAAUUCUGUAUCGAAGAGGGGCUGCCGGCGUCUUCCAGGGGCUGUUUGGGGGAUCUGAUCCGCCUUGGGACUACUCCAAAACCCAAGAUGUCUACACCAACCUCAGUCUGUUUGUGCCAGACCCAGAGAAUGUGAAUACUCAGUAUUGCCCAGCAAAAUCACCUAUACUCGUUGGUCCUCUGAGUGUUUCUUUCCAAACCACCCCGAGCCUGAAAAAGGUGCAGCAGAAAAACCGCCACGUGAAGCCCGGCGGCUACUUCAGCCCGAGACACUGCUUUGGACGCUACAGAACUGCAAUUAUCAUACCGCACCGGAACAGAGAGUCACACCUGCGCACCCUCCUCUACUACCUGCACCCCUUCCUUCAGCGCCAGCAGCUCCAUUACGCUGUGUUUGUUGUCCAUCAGGCCGGGAACAGCACAUUCAAUCGAGCCAAACUCUUAAACAUUGGGGUGAGGGAGGCCCUAAAACUGGACGACUGGGACUGCCUGGUCCUGCACGACGUUGACCUUGUACCCGAGAAUGAUUACAACAUGUACAUUUGUGAUGAGGAGUAUCCCAAACACUUGGCCAGCGCCAUGGACAAGUUCGACUACAGCUUGCCGUAUUGGAAGUACUUUGGAGGAGUUUCUGCACUCACCCCAGAUCAGUACAUGAGGAUCAAUGGACUCCCCAACAAUUACUGGGGCUGGGGCGGAGAGGAUGAUGACAUCGCUAUGAGGAUCCGUCUUGUGGGAAUGAGUAUCACACGGAACCCUUUAAGCCUCGGGCGCUAUAAAAUGAUCUCCCAUAGCCGGGACUCAGGCAACGAGGAGAACAGCAGAAGGUACGACCAACUCGGCAACACCCGGCGAACGUGGAGAGAGGACGGGAUGAACUCCCUGGACUUCAAACUGAUCUCCAGAACCAGGGCCCCACUCUAUACCAACAUCACUGCGGAUAUCGGCGACCCCCCCCUAGUGACUGAGGCACCGGCCCGAUGGAAGCUCUUUUAACCUGCCGGCGUGGACCAAUAAAUUCCUCAUUUUGCACAUGAAAGAGAGCGUCUCCUAUACACCUGGCCAGCUUUCAGAGGAUACUGGGGAGCUGUUCCCCAAAACUUGGCCUUUAAAUUCUCCUGUCUGUCUGUCUGCACAGGUAAUGUAUAGGAAAUGCACAUGUAAUGCACAGGUGAUGCACAGGUGAUGGGGGCAGCUUGUGUCUCUGAGCAGUGACAUAGAGAAUUUGAUUGUUUUUUUUUGGGGGGGGGGUGUUGUUAUUAUUUUGAAAGAAGAUGUUUGCUGCUCCUGAAAUAACCAGUGGGACGUGCAUGGGAGUAAUGGCAGAGGCAGAAUAAACACAAGGGGGGUCAUUUAUAAACAGUGGGCAGA